AUGUACGUACAAGCAGUGGAUAGAAAUCAGCAACAGGAAAUAUCACACUACACGGGCAGAGGUGAGCCAAUUAGCACAAACGUGACCAACAACAACUUCAUGAUUUCCCUGCUUCCAAACUAUUGCAGGUUCAAUGCGAAUCGCAACAUUUUCCUACCACGAGGAAAAUCGUUCAAUAGCGAAAUGAAGAAGCGAUUCAAAUGUAGCAGCGUCAAUGAGCGCCACCGCACCGUCUGCGCAGCAACUGCUUCAAUCACACCGAACAUCUACCUGCGCGUUUGCACGUGCAUCCAACACUUUAUGCUUAUUCACGAAUGGGGCAGACUAGUGUUCAUAACUGAGAAACGCAUAAAGUUGAGAGAAAAUUAA